GACAUUUGAAUUGAGUCAUUUUGUCCAUCGUACUCCGCCUCCGACUAACUCUCCAAUUAACUAAUAAAAUAACGUAAUAAGUAAAGUGAAAAUGAAAAAUGCUGGAAGUCCGUCACUGUGUGGUGUGUGGUGGAAGAACCACCUCUAUGCAGUGAGUGAACACAGGUAGGUUAAAAUUAUUGGCCGGUGAACAAAUAAGGAUAGUGCGGUUCGACCUUUAUACACAUCAACAAGGACGACGGCAGCGAAAUCGGAAUCGGUCGGAGCGAGACGGACGGAUGGAAUGACCUUACCUGACAAGAAAGAGACUGAACGCGGUGACCGGCCCUGCUGGACGAGAAGAAAAAAAUUAUACCCACACCACCGGUAAAUUGAUAUAGAUGGCAGCCUUCAUCCCGGUUAACAAGUGUUUUCGCCGAAAGCUCAGUGCAGUGCUCAAUAAACAGACCUCCGGACCUACCUUCAGUUGUAACAGUUAAAAGUGGUGAAUUGUUAAAUAAACUAUGCGAAGGGAUAAACAGCGUUGAUAGAGGAGCUUCCCAGAAUCAUGGACACUGAAAGUCCCGUGGUCUGGCCGGCUUGGUGCUAUUCAGGUGAAACAACGACGUCCGAACCCCACGAACCAACUCAGCUGCAAGUUUCCAAAUCGAGAAAGAGACGCAUGGAUCGUCACAUCAACAACAACGGUCUCAUCGCGACUCCAGUGCCUUCGGACUAUUGCCACAACAAUAACAAUCACGUGAAGAACGAAAGACUCAGUCCGGGCACUCCGGACACGUCGAGCAGAUCGAGGAGCGUGACUCCCAGUUCCGCGUCGCAUCCCGACACGCCGCCAGCAUCGGAGAACCCGUUGCUGACUGGAAGCAGGAAUUACAGCGAUUUUAUGAGGAGUUUGGCCGCCAAGUACAACAACUCGAAUCCUAAUGAUUAUUUUAGUGCAGCAAGAAACGGAUUUCCGCCUCCCUUGGAUCCGCGUUUCAAACCUGCAGCUUUCCCCCUGCUGCCCACCCUGACGCCGCCAUCAUCUAAAAACUCAGAGACAAAAAAACCCGAUCUUGGCUCUCUGAAUCCGUUCAUGGGCGCCUCGAUGUUUCCCCCAAUUAUAGACAUGUCCACGACGCAAACACUGAUCGCCAUGGUACGAACGGCAAAAGAGGCGGAAAUCCAGAGUCUGCUCAAGAACGUGAAGAGACAAGAAACGUCCUCUCCAUUAGAUUUGUCAGCGGCGGCGCCACCGACGAAACGACCAAGAGUGAAGACGCCAUCGGCCAGCAGCCCCAACGCAAGCAUAGCAAUACCAAAGAGGGCGGAGAGUGAGAGUCCGAAGCUGCACGAGGACAUCUCCAAUUGGACGGUUGAUGACGUCUGUAAUUUUAUCUCCGGGAUUGACAUCUGUGCGGAAUACACGCAGAUAUUCCGGGAGCAGCGGAUAGAUGGCUCAGGCCUGCCGCUUCUGACAGAGGAACAUUUGACGUCGACCAUGAACAUGAAGCUGGGCCCAGCUCUGAAGCUGCGCUCAAUUCUAGCGAAAAAGCUUGGCUCGUGCAGCGUCUGUUUGCACUGCUCGCACUGCCACAAUUCGGCGGGCGCGUCACCGGAACCGGCCAACACGACCGGAAGCACCUCCGAUUCCGGUGCCAACUCAUGAGACCGUUCCCGACUAAUGGAUUGGUUGCGAGCGGUUUCGCGGGGACUCCCCGAAGGGAGGUGACGUCUCGAAUGUUUGCUGUGCGAUGGAUCUUUUGGAAAAUUUCCUUCGACUGCACGAUUUUGUAUGUUCAUAUAUUGUGUGUGUGUCUGUGUAUGUGAUUUUGUCAAAUCCCAAAUUGAAACGAUUGUAAUUAUUAUUUAUACUUGUUUAUAUACAUAAAGUUAACAAAGGGUCUCAGAACUUGUGUAUUAUUUAGCAUAGUUUUAGCUUCUUAUGCAAUGUAUGUGUAUCAGUCAUUGUAAUUAACAAUAAAUUAUUGUCUAAGGUUCAAUAUUAAAUAAAAUACGUGCUCAAGUGCUUUAAAUUCAUGUAUAUUUUCCAUACAGGGUGUAACAUAUAGUGCAAUUUAUAAACGUUUAUAUGUAAAUUAUAGAGAGUAUAUUUUUAGAUACUUAUACUUAUAAUUUGUAUUUAUAAUAUACGGAGAGUUUGUCUAAGUAUUUUGUACUUCAUGUGUCGUCUUUGUACUUAUAUAAUAUAUUUUUGAACAGAAAUUGUACCUAAUAUUACUACUUAAGUGCCUGACACUUUUAGUACUUUGUAAAUAUGUGUGAAUCACACCCAAUGUAAUAUUAACUUAGUUAUUAUAGUUCCUAUAUUAUGUUUAGAUUAAUUAUUGUUUUUAAGCACAAUAUUAUUUUAUUUAUAACAUAUCUGCUCAAUAAUAUUAAGUCGUUUUUUACGUCACCAUUUUUUUGCAAUUUUGUUUAAUGCAAUAUUUUAACGGAAAUAAACUUUAUUGUGUAUAUUUCCGAUGCACUAAUUACGUUAUAGUUCUUAAGUUUUCUGUACAGUAUUGUAUUUUGUUAAAUUGUUCGUCUUCUCAUUAUUGU